AAAUCAGUAUCAUAAAGUCAGUCGGGCAGAAUGUUUGUGACACUACUAGCUGUGACCAUAUCUACAAUAUUAAUAUACGUCAUAUACAAGUAUAAGGCAGCACAUAACUAUUUUGAGAAGCAUGGGUUGAAGUAUAAGCCAGGGAUUCCGGUUUUCGGGAACAGUUGUAAGAGCACUUUCUACAAGAGACACACUUUUGAUGAUAUAGACGAGAUCUACAGAGCGUUUCCCGAUGAAAAAUACGUGGGCUACUUGGAGGCUAUGAAGCCGGUAAUAAUAAUCCGCGACCCGGAGAUCAUAAAGAAGAUAACGGUGAAGCAGUUCGAUCAUUUCGUUGACCACCGGCAGCUGUUCUCGCCGGAGAUAGAGCCCCUGAUCGGCGGGAGUCUGUUCUUGAUGAAAGGUGAUAAAUGGAAGGACAUGAGGACCACCCUGUCCCCGGCCUUCACCAGCUCUAAGAUGAAGCUGAUGAUGCCAUUCAUGGUCAAAAUUGCCAGAAACAUCAUUGACUAUCUUAAAGACCACACCGAUGAAGACAUAGACGUCGACGACCUAGUCCGUCGUUACACCAACGACGUGAUCGCCUCCAGCGCGUACGGCGUGCAGGUCAACUCGCUGGUCGACAGGGACAACGAGUUCUACAAGACGGGGCAGGACAUGUUCGCAUUCACUCUACGACAGAACAUGCUCUUCCUUAUCGUGAUUACAUUCCCCAAACUUGCUGAGAAGCUAGGCAUCAGAGUAUUCCCAAGCCGAAUACAAAACUUCUUCACGAAUCUAAUCAACGAAACCAUAGACUACAGAGAGAAGAACAACGUAGUGAGGACAGACAUGAUACAGCUGUUGAUGGAAGCCGCUAGAGGUACACUCAAGGCAGAAAACGAUGAAAUUGAUACAAAAGAAGACACAAAGAAGCCUACUAGACAAUGGUCAAGAAAUGAUCUCAUGAGCCAAGUGUUCAUAUUUUUCGCUGCUGGCUUCGAGAGUUCUGCUACCACAGUCGGCAUGACCAUCCAUGAGUUGGCCAUCAACCAGGACGUGCAGGAGAAAUUGUACCAGGAGAUCAGAGAAUACCAGGAGCAGCAUCAAGAACUGACGUUUGAUAGUAUACCGUCGUUGAAGUAUAUGGAAUGCGUCGUCAAUGAAUGCCUCAGAAAGUGGUCUCCAGCGCUUAUAAUGGACAGGGAAUGUACGAAGCCCUUUGAGCUCCCUCCUGUAAGGGAAGGCGCGAAGCCUGUUAAGCUGAAACCAGGAGACAUAGUGUACAACAUGGUGAACAGCAUCCACAUGGACCCGAAGUUUUUUCCUAAUCCGGAUGUUUUCGACCCGGACCGAUUCAGGGAUGACAAGAAACACAUACAGCCAUUUACGUUUAUGCCCUUCGGCAUGGGACCUAGAAAUUGUAUAGGUUUAAGGUUCGCGUAUCUGGAGGUGAAGGUCAUACUCUACUACUUGUUACUGAACUUCAAAAUAUUGAAGUGUCCAAAAACAACAGAUCCGAUCCAGUUGCAACCACACAACUUUAAUAUCAAAGCCCUGGGUGGAAGCUGGGUGCGUCUGGAGGCUAGGAAAUAGAUCUGGCAAUUCACAUUUAAGGAUAAAGUUUAUUUAAUUUGGGAAAAUGUUUUGGAAGUACGAUUUUAUAGAGGGUGCAAUUAAACCUUCCGGCCAAAUUUCGAUACAUUGAUCCUU